AUGUCUCUGUCGGAACAACAACUCUACGCCAUCUCAGCAACCGAACGGGUGUGUUCGGCUAUAUCUCUGACCGGGACCACUAUCAUUGUCAUCUCGUUCCUCGGUUCUAAUGCCUUUCGCAAACCCAUCAACCGUCUGGUAUUCUAUGCUUCCUGGGGUAACCUGAUGACCAACAUUGCGACCGUCAUUUCCCAGUCAGGCAUUCAUAUGGGGCUUAACAGUCCCCUGUGUCAGUUUCAGGCCUUUUUGAUCCAAUGGUUCAUGCCCGCCGAUGCGCUAUGGACUUUUGCCAUGGCUUGUAAUGUGUACCUAACGUUCUUCUACAAAUACAAUUCAGAACAACUGCGACGACUAGAGUGGAAAUAUUUGCUCUUCUGCUACGGACUACCUUUCGUCCCCGCUGUGGCGUACUUUUUCAUCAAGACCAAGGCCCGGGGCAAAGUCUACGGUUAUGCAGUGCUUUGGUGCUGGGUUUCACAAACUUGGGACUGGCUGCGUCUUGCUGUUUUCUACGGUCCGGUUUGGUUUUUUAUUAUCUUGACACUGGCCAUCUAUAUUCGCACCGGCCGUAUCAUCUGGGAAAGGCGACGCCAACUUCAGCAGCUUGACAACCUUGACUCGGCCGAUUCUAAUCCCACAUGUGAAGGCGAACAGACCGCAGAACAUUUUGAGAGUUUCCAGAUGCGCAACCCCGAACGUCCUUACACCAGGGCGACAACGGAGAUUCGCGUGACAAGUGAAAUAACACGCUCCCAACAAGGAAACUACCCAACAGUGGAGGAGCCCUGUAAUCCCGUAUCCCCAUUUUACAACCCGUACUCUGUCACCAUUGAAGGCGGUUUUAUGGUCCCGUUAAAGGCACUGAAACAUUCCCAUUCAGAGUCAUGGUCUCGGCGUCGCGCAAUGUCUGACACGGGUACGGCAGCUUGGGCUUAUACUAAGUAUGCGAUGCUCUUCUUCGUCGCUUUAAUCGUCACUUGGGUCCCCUCAACGAUUAACCGGGCAUAUGCCCUUGCAUAUCCCCAUACGCCUAACUUUGCUCUCAACUAUGUAUCGAGCUUUGUUCUUCCGCUACAGGGUUUCUGGAACAGUAUUAUCUACACGUCCAUCUCAUGGCCGGCUUUCAAGACAAUUUAUCGGAAUUUUAGGGGAGAGGGUCUAGCGAGAAACCCUAGGUACGGAAAUCGGGAUGGAUUUGAAAGGCAUUUCACACAGACUCAUAGCUCCGACGACAGUGUUCGUCAUUUGACUCGCUAAUUCCGACGAUAUCUGAGUCGGCAGUGUGAAUGGCUAUAUACGAAUAGCACGGACCGAAUGCGUAUGAGCGACAUGAGACAGAUGAAUGAUACAUGGGUUAUGACUUGAGUGUAAAGUAUUGUGUCUAUGUAUAUAGGUAUCGAGAGCCCAAUGGUGGACAAACUAUCCAAUACUCAGAGAGAAGCAGAG